AUGAUCAAAUCAAUUACUUCCGCUCGUCAGCGUACUCGUGCACAAACCACAGCUUUCCUCCUUGGAACUCGUCCGGACCUGCCCAGUGUCGGGGCCAGUGAGAUCACUCGCAUGCGCGCGGUCCGGCACUUUUAUGAGCCGAUGACUCAAACCCCAUCAUUAGAAGAACUCACCGCACAACAGCCUUGCCAGGUUCAGCUCGACAAAAUCGAGUUUAGAAUUCCUUUACACACUCUGGAUAGAAACCAAUCAACUACUUAUGUGGACCGCUCUCACUCCGAAGCAGAUUGCCGCAUAGACAUACUCGACUCAAUUAAGGCUACGAUGGAUGUCUCAAAGACAUAUCAACACUUGGGGUGGCGUUUGUCUACCGCCCGCCGCUUAGACCCACCUCAUCGACUUUUGACAUCGCAUGAUCUUGAUAGCGCUUUCAAAGCUGCGAGGACGGAACAGGGAUCUGGCAGGAAAACUAAGCAAGUUUUUAUCGAAAUUCUCAAUACUGCUCGAAAAGAGAGGCAAAUACGACAACAGGCAGGUACAUCUCCUGCGGGCGAGUACAAAAAAGAGUUGGCAACAGUCACAAGUAAGUUACGCUGCUCCGACCAUCAGCUUGGAGAGGACACAUUCUGCUGGGUCGAUGCAUCUCAUCCCGACGCUCCACACUAUCCGUUGUGCACACGGGACCUGCAGGAGUGGGCUAAAUAUUUGUAUGAAACUGGAGUUCCAGACUUCGUCACUCUACCCAGGACACCCCAUUUUAAUGAAGUUCGAAAGACACGUAAGGAGCGAACUCCGUUGUCGCUCCAGAGGGUGUCCACCGAAAUCAUAUCACCCGUCAUACAUAAUCAUAUUCACCUUUCGCCCACCACCAAUGAGAUGACCUCUGGUAACUCAGGAAUGUUUGCGAGAGAACGAGGAGAAGCUCGUAUGGCUCUCCAACCGCUCAAGAGGACUUUUGCGCUCUAUAUGGAGAGCGAUGAGGAGUCCGACGACGACGACGAGCCGCAACAUAUUGAGGACGUCCUUAGGACCGUCCAUUCUCAUUAUCCUGCCAUGAACUUUCCCCAAUAUGUCGAGAAACUGAUGGAUCACGGCAUAUUUUAUCUGCCUACAGCGGCUCAUUUCAGUGUUGGAUUCUAUGAAGAGAAAGUCGGGAUGUCGGAGGGCUCCGCAUAUACCUUCCAGAGCUGUGUUUCCAAAUCUCACAUGAAGGCCGAACUUGCAAAGGAGAGAAGGAAGGCUAAAGGAAAGAAGAAAGCACGAGCCCAUGAUGGCGAUGAGAAUGAAGAAAAUACUCCCGCUUCUAAUGGUAGUCAAAGUAGCAUUUGA